AUGACUCUCAAAAGCCUAAUUUUGCGUGCGUGCACGCUCCUCCCUCUUCUUUCGGCAACUGCCCAUGCUCAGAAGAACGGAUCGAUAUGUCUGGGGGCCGCUGGAGUUGGUCUCGGCACUCUCAUUCCCAAAAAGGACAUCGACAUCCACCUCAUUAGCCACGAGAUCGGCCUCGUCAAGUCCAGAGUGUUUUUGGGCGGCCCGAAAGGAGCGGCUGCCUCUGCGCCCCAAAUCCUCGCCACUCACAGCUUUGAGAACCCGCCCCCACUGGACGUCCUUCUGAUCCCCGGUGGCAUCUUGUCGGAUGAGAACGCCCCCGCCCUGAACGCCUUCAUCGCCGAGCAAUACCCCAAACUAGAGUAUCUUCUCAGCGUGUGCACGGGGGCUAGGAACCUUGCUGAUGCCGGUGUGCUCGAGGGCAAGCGGGCGACGUCCAACAAGGCCGUGUGGGACACGGUGAUCACGCACGGGAAGAAUGUCACCUGGGUGCCGACCGCGAGGUGGGUGACUGACGGCAACAUCUGGACCAGCUCUGGCGUCGCGGCAGGCAUCGAUAUGAUGUACGCUUUCCUGGCCCAUUACUACAGCGACGAUGAGGCGGGCGUGCAGAACAUGAUCAACGGGGUUGAGUACGCGCCUCACACGGACCCGCAUUGGGAUCCCUUCUCAAUUGUCCACAAUAAACUCGACACCUUAGGUACUCAGUGUACUCUCAAGGCUCUUGCUCCCUUUUUCUUCUUUUCCCCGCGUUGGUUGGUGUUCUUUGAUGACUGGGCAGAUUUUCGAUUGUACGCAACGAUGUCCGACCUCUCUGAUGGUCUCAACGUGUUUGUGGACCAGUUCCGCGCCCAGAUGCAGGCCAGCGUGAACUACGUGACGGAACUGGCCGUACGACUCAGCGAACUAGACCGAAAAUACACGGAUGUAUGCCGCGACCUCAAGCGCGAGCGGGUUGCGGCCCGCGCUACGCAACAAAGCACCGAGAAGUUGGAGGCCGAGCUGAACGGGUUGAAGGAGGCAACGGUUAGAUCAUCCCCGUCAAUACCGGCAACAAUAGGAGGGCUGACGAUGUUUAGAUGGGCGGGGGUCAAGAACGGCGGAUCCGAACCUGUUUUUGGGGCAGGUGGUUGCUCAGCCGAUAUCGUCUCGCCUUCGGAUAGCGCAACAGGGAGCCUUUCGCCCCUAAUCAGCUACAUGUAUGCAGCCCGUGCAGCAGCUUCACAGCCAAAGCCUGCCCCACCGGCAGCCAGCUCACGACCGCGACCUACGUUUGGCACCAUCGAUAAGCAAAUCAUCUUGAUCAACGCCGACGGCCACCGCAUCGACAUGCCGCUGCCACCUCGAUCGGCAACAGUGGCCGAGAGUUUCAGCCGGAAGAAACUGCGGCUUUCUGCACGGCACACUGACGGCAAGCGAGAAACUGGUGAUGCGGCACAGACUCCGCGGGGAGAAGUGCCAUGA